AUGUCUAUCCCCUACAGUGGAACUCUUCGUCGAUCCGGUGGAGUUGUUUCUGCUAUUGGAAAACAAUUAAGAAGCGUCAAUUUGAAAGCUGCGAAGAGAAUAACCGUGAAAUUCGAUCCUUUUAGUGACAAUGUUACUCACACUCGAAAUUUCCUGCACUACAUAAGUUCACCGAAAAUAGCAUUAACAAAUCCAAAUUGCUCCCUGAAAACUGAAAUUGUUUGUGAUCGUAGUGAGCCCACCGUUAACAUCACCCUAGCACCUACAAUUGCUGGAACAGCUAACGUUAAAAACGUCACAUUUAAAAGUGGUAAUCUCACUUGUUUAGAACUUCUCCAAUUAUUAAAUAAACACAUAUCAUCACUGGCUCCUGUGGAGGAGCCUGCAAGUACAAUCCAAACCAAAGCAGAAAAGAAAAAAUCCAAAAAGAAAUAA